CAGAUCCGAGCAGCCGGGCGAGGGCAGAAGAAAAGCGACUGCAGUUUAGGAGGGGUGUGUGGUGUAUGUGUGUGUGCGUCUUGUGUGCAUAUAUGUGUGUGUGUGUAUAUAUCGGUCGGUUUUAAGACGCUGUCAUGGCAGUGCAGUGUGCCAGAUGUGUGUGUCACUAGCUCGCCUCUGGUCAGAGAGUUAAGACUCGGAGUGCUCGCGCGAAGGCUCGCGCUUCGAACCCAGAGCCACAGGCAGACCAGCGGUGAGUGCGCGCGCUUACACUUUUGUCGUGACGGAGGAUUUUUUUACGCUCACAUCAUCACCGGAGCAGACGAGAGAAAGAUCGGCUGUGCGUGUUGAACAGGCUCCGCGUCUCUCCGCCGCUGCUUGAAGGAAAUGGCGAGUGGGGAGAGGGAGAGAGGCGCGCGCCGGCUCACCAGCGCAGGAAACCGGAGCUGAACGAACGCACGCGCGCAGCCUCCGCUUGCUUUUCACAAGAAAAACCUCUUUCCUUCACUCAGAACGACGCUCCAGCGAGCGGAUUUUAACCACACAGGAUUGUUCUUACUUGUUUUUUUUUUUUCUUUGUAAGGUUAUUGUUAUAUAUAUAUUUUUUAUUUGCAAAUUUUUAUAAACCCAAGGACGCGAGGAUGCAUGUUGGAUUAGCGUUGAUCCUCUUAACGGGAAUCUUUGUCAAAGCGAGAGCUAUCAAACCCGUUCCAGACCAAUGUGGUGGAAACAUCCGGAUCACCAGUGCCAACUACCUGACCUCUCCAGGCUACCCGGCUUCGUACGAGCCGUCGCAGAAGUGUGUGUGGGUGAUCACGGCUCAAUCAUCUCACCAGCGCAUCCUCAUCAACUUCAACCCGCACUUCGACCUGGAGGACCGCGAGUGCAAAUAUGACUAUGUGGAAGUAAGGGAUGGCGUCGAUGAAACCGGGCAGCUGGUGGGCAAGUACUGUGGGAAGAUCGCUCCUUCUCCUGUAGUGUCUUCCGGUAACCAACUCUUCAUCAAGUUUGUGUCAGACUAUGAAACGCACGGCGCUGGCUUCUCCAUCCGCUAUGAGGUUUUCAAAUCAGGUCCAGAAUGCUCAAGAAACUUCACCUCCAAAAGCGGGUUCAUCAAGUCACCUGGUUUCCCUGAGAAGUACCCUAACAACCUGGACUGCACAUUUAUGAUCUUCGCCCCAAAAAUGUCUGAAAUCAUCUUGGAGUUCGAGAGCUUUGAGCUGGAGCCUGACACACAGCCGACCGCUGGGGUCUACUGUCGGUUUGACCGCUUGGAGAUCUGGGACGGUUUCCCUGGAGUUGGCCCGCACAUCGGCCGCUACUGUGGGCAGAACACUCCGGGUCGAAUUAUCUCCUACACCGGAAUAUUGGCCUUGACAAUCAACACGGACAGUGCUAUCGCUAAGGAGGGCUUCUCUGCUAACUUCACAGUAGUGGAGAGGACCGUCCCCGAGGACUUUGACUGCAUGGAGCCGUUGGGUAUAGAGUCCGGCGAGAUUCCCUCAGAGCAGAUCGAGGCCUCGUCGGAGUACAAUCCCAGCUGGUCUGCACAGCGUUCCAGACUUAAUAACUUUGAAAAUGGAUGGACGCCAAUGGAAGACACUAAUAAAGAAUGGAUUCAGGUUGAUCUGGGUUUCCUGCGUUUCGUCUCAGCCAUCGGGACUCAGGGUGCCAUAUCACAGGAGACCAAUAAAAAGUACUAUGUGAAGUCCUACAAGGUGGACGUGAGCUCGAACGGGGAAGACUGGAUCACACUGAAGGAGGGCUCCAAACAGAAGGUUUUCAUGGGCAACACCAAUCCCACUGAUGUCGUGAAGACCUCGCUGCCCAGACCGACCCUGACACGCUUUCUCCGGAUCCGACCCUUCAUGUGGGAGACUGGCAUUGCUCUGCGCUUCGAAGUGUAUGGCUGUAAGAUCUCAGAAUACCCAUGUUCAGGCAUGUUGGGAAUGGUCUCAGGCCUGAUCACUGAUGAACAGAUCAGCAUUUCCUCACACAUGGACCGCAGCUGGGUACCGGAGUAUGCCCGGCUGCUGACUGGCCGCUCAGGAUGGAUUCUAUCGCCCCAACCGCAGUCCUACAUGGACGAAUGGCUCCAGGUGGACCUGGCUCAGGAGAAACUUGUGCGUGGAUUGAUCAUCCAGGGAGGGAAGCACCGCGAGAACAAGGUCUUUAUGAAGAAGUUCCGUCUGGGCUACAGCAACAACGGUUCUGACUGGAAGAUGGUGAUGGAGUCCAACAGUAACAAGCCCAAGCUUUUCGAGGGGAAUAUGAACUACGAUACACCGGUAUUGAGGACGGUGGAGCCCAUCCUGACACGCUUUAUUAGAGUUUAUCCAGACAGAGCUACACCAGCUGGAAUGGGGUUGAGACUAGAGCUGCUAGGCUGUGAGUUUAAAGCACCCACAGUGCCACCCACCCUGCCAGUCCCCCCAACAACACCGUCUGACGAGUGUGACGAUGAGCAAGCCAACUGUCACAGUGGAACAGGUGAUGACUACGAACAGACAGGCAGCACUACCGCUCCCGAGACCACCACAGAAAUGAGCUCCGUACCAGCUUUCAUGUGGUUUGCGUGUGACUUUGGCUGGGCGAACAACCCCUCGUUCUGUGGCUGGACGUCUGAAGGGGGCAGCUACACGUGGCAGAUUCAGUCAAGCGGCACGCCAACAUUAAACACCGGUCCCAACAUGGACCACACAGGCGGCUCUGGAAACUUCAUCUACACCCUAGCCACUGGAACACAGAAGAAAGAAGUGGCGCAGCUGGUCAGUCCGGCUAUUUCGGGUCAGGACUCGGAUCUGUGCCUCUCCUUCUGGUACCACAUGUUUGGCUCACACAUUGGCACACUGCACAUCAAGCAGCGGCACGAGAGUGGCCGUGAAACAGCCGACGUGCUCCUCUGGACCGUCAGCGGACAUCAGGGUAACCGCUGGAGGGAGGCCCGUGUGCUGAUCCCACAUUCAAGCAAACCAUAUCAGGUGGUGAUAGAGGGUGUCGUGGAGGGACAGAGUUUGGGAGACAUCGCUGUGGAUGAUAUUAAAAUACUAGAAAUCAACAUGGUGGACUGCAAAGACCCAGAUGUCCCUACAGAACCUAUGAUACCUGAUGACUUUGGUAAAUUCCCUGUGGACAUCACCAACUUCCCAAAGACUGUUGAGAACAAAGAGAUCAGAACAGGGAACAUGCUGAAUACUCUUGACCCCAUCCUGAUCACCAUCAUCGCCAUGAGCGCGCUGGGCGUCUUCCUGGGCGCGAUCUGCGGCGUAGUGCUCUACUGCGCCUGCUCUCACGGCUCCAUGGCCGACAGGAACUUAUCCGCCCUGGAGAACUACAACUUCGAGCUGGUAGAUGGCGUCAAGCUCAAGAAGGACAAACUCAACUCACAGAACUCAUACACAGAAGCAUGAGAUGGAAACCAAUAAGAGGAUACCUCUCCUCAGGGAGGCGGGAUUUAAAAAAAAUAACUAGACUGACGGCACUUUCCCACUGGAUAAAGACAAGGCUCCGAGGUUCUGAGAACCAAUGGGAGCAGAACUGGGACUGAGCCGUGCUUUUCUCAGGAUCUGCAGUGAACAGAACCUACCAGUAGGGGACACUGUGUACACAAAAAAAAACAUUAAAUCUGAGGUUGAAGGAGAUGAAAAACAAACAAACAAACAAACAAACAGACAAAAAAAGAAUAUGUACAGAGGAUUUAGAUGAUUAUUUUAAUUUUUUUAUUUUAUUAUUUUUUAUUUGCUCAUUUUUACAAUCGGAUGCUGGUGUUGAGACCAAUAUAUGAAAAUGUUAUACAUAUUUAUCUUUUUUUUCUUCUUUGCCUGGGAGGGGAAGAAAAAAAACUUUUUUGUUGUUGUUUUUUUUCUGUUCAAAGGAGAUGUGUAAAAAAAAAUCCAAAAUGAACCAUGUUUGAUAACCCAUAAUGGGACACGUAUCUGAGGGUGUGGUUCAGACAGUGCCUUUGGUACAUCUUUCUUGGCCUCAUUUGUUGAUUUGUGAGUUUUUCUUUCAUCCGUUAAGUUCUGGAACGAAGACAAACACAAAAAAAUAAGAAAAGAAAUCUGUUGGUCACAUGACCCUGCAAACAUGACCCGGAUUAUUCCUUGCGCUUUAAUGUUGAGAGCCCACAUAUUGUACAUACAGUAAGUUUUAAUAUAUUUUAUUGCCCUUUCUAAAAAAAAAAGAAGUAAAACAGACAAAAAAAAAGCUGCAGUAUCCAUUUUUUCCUUUGGUGUUGUAAAUACAAUCGUCUGACUGUUUCGUGAAGGUGAAAACGUGUGCUUUCUGUCCUGUUCGGUUACUUUAUCACGUUUCCCAGAAAUGCAGCUAAUGUGUUAAACGCUGGUGGUUCACACACAUGAACACAAUAAACACACACACACAAACACUGACACUCAUUCCCCGAGAAGUUACGCGCUCCACAAGGUUCCGUAAGUGCUUACACUUUGUGCUUACGUCUCACCUAGCUCUCACGGCUCACAUCUGUCCACAUGUUCUGAUCGUCCUUCAGGCUUAAGGUCUCAAGGAGGGGGAAAAAAAAUCAGGUGUAACCCAAACUCUUUUUUCUGUUUUUAUUUAUGGCUAUGUUUUAAAUGUUUGGCAUCAUAUCAGAAACGAACAAAUCAGCAUUGUCAUUUUUGCCUUAACCAUCUUCUCGCCUCGAAUGCACUUUGUCGUCAUCGGUCUUGUGUAAGACUUGCGAAUGAGACGUGUUUAGGAACGGUGCUGUCGUCUUUGUGUUUGGCGGACCGUCGUGGCACGUCUCUCUGAUUGGACUGUACUCAUUCUUCUCUUCCCUGUUUAAAUCACACCUGGUUGGUUGUGACGAAAACGCUAUCAUCUCAUAAGCGUGACAUUUGCCUUGGGUAUGAUUUAAUACAGGAAUCAUCACUUUGGCUCUUGCGUCUGUACCAAAGGACCAUUGCUUCAAAUCACACAGGGCCACACAUACUACACCGUACAGCGGACGUGCAUCAGCUCGGCUUUAAGGCACUGGACUUAAUAAAAAGUGAACAGCAUAUGAAGGACUGACUUAAAAUCUAAAACAGGAAAUGCUGGCUUGUCAUUUAACAUCACGUAACGAUAUACAAACUAAGAGCUUCAUAUCACAUGUAGUAUAACCCAGAACACUCCAUCUCACUCCCUCUCUGUCUCCCUUUCUCUCUCUCUAUCUCUCUUUCACACACACACACCUACACUGACUCAUAUUUUAAAGAUUUCUUGGUAUGUUUCUGUGCUGUGCUGUGUUCUGUGACAAACACGUUCUCUAUUCAUUUAUCUCCAGUAGUUUGCAAUGCCAUGACCCCGUUACUCAAUGCUACCUGUGUGUUAGCUGAAGCUAAAGGCCGGACUAGUUUCAGUAAGGUUUAAUGAAGAAAGCAUACUGUAGCAUCAAGGGAAAAAAGAAACAAUGUUGCACUGAUAGAUAUAUUUAAAGAGGUUUAUGUGUUUAUAGCAUUCAUUUGUAAAAAACAAAAUCUUCAGAAAAAAGGACAGUGUUCAUUUUUUUUAAUAGUUUCAGAAUGUGUAAAAGAAUUCUGAAAUAUAUGGUUAUUGAGAUGUUUUCAUUAUUGAAAAAAGGUAUAAAAAUUUCCUAUAGUAAAGUUCCCAUUUACCCGAUUGAUUAUCUUUGGUUUUGUAUUGUCAUUCAAAAUUUGUGCUAAUUUGUUUUUGUUUGAUUUUUUUUUUCUACACAAGAAGACGGGGAGAAACUUUUAUUUUCAAUACUGAUUCUGUAAUUGCUGUUGUAGGAAGAAGAACCUAAAUAAAACAGCAAGGCCUUAAAAAACUGUCAAUCAAUGUUUUGUAUUUAAACAUACUGCAUCACUAACAGGAAAUCACAAAUGUCUGCUGUUGCUCAUCAACUUAGCUUAACGUACAUUCCAAAGAUUCAGAUCCAAUAAACGUUUUCUUAAGACUU